AUGCCUCCACUUCCACUCUCACAUGCAAGGCAUCAUCAUCAUCAGAUGGACUUUGACUUGUAUGACCUUCUGGGCAUUGACAACUCCUGUGAUCAGUCUCAAGUCAAAGUCGCGUAUUGCUCUCUUCAGAAGCGCUGCCACCCUGACAUUGCUGGCCCUGCUGGCCAUGACAUUGGAGGUGGGUUUAAUAAUGUUCUAGUAAUUGGGGCGGAUGCUCUUUCACGAUAUGUUGAUUGGACAGACAGAGGGACCUGUAUUCUUUUUGGGGAUGCUGCUGGUGCUGUACUAGUACAGGCCUGCAACAGUGAAGAAGAUGGUUUAUUUGGUUUUGAUUUGCAUAGUGAUGGCAGUGGUCAAAGGCACUUGAAUGCUUCCAUUAAAGCAAACAAGUCAAAUAAUGCAUUGGAUUCAAAUGGUUCUGUGUCAAUUGAAUCUGCCCUUCAAAAGGCUGGUCUCCCUGCAUCUAGCAUUGAUUGGCUACUUCUCCAUCAGUUUUGA